AUGGCGUCGUCGGGCGCGGCGCCGACGCGCGCGCGCGUCGCGCCGCGUCGCGUCCUCGAGCGUCGCGAGGUCGUCGCGCGACGGAGCUCGUCAUCGCGCGCGAGCACGUCGACGCGAGGCGGGAGUCAGCGCGCCGAGGAGACGAGGUGGACAUCAUCGUCGUCCGACCCGACCGCGCGGGGCCCCCCGCGAUCGCUGCCGCGAACGAUCGGACGCCUGACGCUCGCGUCUCUCGCCGCGGCGUACGCCGCGGUCCCGGUCUCCGCGCGCGCGGCGGACGCUCCCUCGGCCGCGGCCGCGACCGCGACGGCGCCGGUGCACGUGGAGGACCCGCUGCCGUCGCCGACGCCGGGGAACCACCCGCGCGUCACGAUGCGCGAGCUCACGCCUCGGCUGAUGAGCUUUCUGCGAUGGGCGGAGGACGCGAAGAAGGAGUGUCUGAGACGAGGGAUAUCGAAACAGACCGUGGACGUCGUGUUCGACGGCUUAGAGCCGUUCCCGCCGCCGCCGCCGCCGCCGCCGCCGCCGCCGCCGCGGAGGCCCGAGGGCGAGGCCCCGCCAGCAGCGCCGACGGGCCCGCCGCCGCGCGUGGACAAGGUGGACGCGUACUUGAAAAAAAUCGUGUGCCGAGAACGCGUCGAGCGCGGCGCGGAGAUGCUCAACGCGCACCGCGCGCUUCUCGGGGAGGUGGAGCGCGAGUACGGCGUACCCGCGGAGAUCAUCGUCGCGAUAUGGGGCAUAGAGUCGUCCUUCGGCGGGUUCAUGGGGAACACGGACGCGAUACGCGCGCUCGCGACGCUCGGUUGGGAGACGCGAGCGAAGGACGACUACUUCCGGAACGAGUUCAUCGAGGCCGUGCGCAUCAUCGACAAAGGGCACGCGAAACACGGCGGGCUCGUGGGGUCGUGGGACGGCGGGCUCGGGCAGUGCCAGUUCAUGCCGUCGAACUUCCACGUCUACGCCGUGGACAAGGACGGCGACGGCGUCGCGGACAUUUGGAACUCCCUGCCGGACGUGUUCGCGUCCAUGGGGAAUUUCAUAUCCUCGUACUGCGACUGGGACUCGAAAGUGCGCGCCGCGGGGUACAAGGUCACCGUGCCCGCGGUCGGGGAGUUACCCGCGGACGUGAUCGGCGGGUACUGGGGCGAGCGCAAGGAGGCGCGGCCGGGGAGGUACUACCUCUGGAACGGCGUGAAACCGACGCACCGAGAGACGCGGCUGCCGCUCGGUCAGGAGACGCAUCUGCUGAUGCCGGACGGGGACGACGGUCCGACCGCGUUCCUCGCGACGAGGAACUUCAAGGCGAUCAUGCGGUACAACCCGUCGACGCAGUACGCGAUGGCGGUGUCCACGCUCGCGCAGGAGAUCGUCGACGAAGCCGCGGCGUUGAGACGGGCGGGAGGAGGGAAAUGA